AUGGAUACGCCUUCAGCUCCUGCUCCCAUUCAGGGUCGCCGGGGGAAAAAACACAGAAUGGAUCUCAGUAGCCCAGGCGAGAUGGACCUUGAUCGUGCGAUCGAUCUUAUUAUCGGUGAUUCCUCCUUGCCGCCGCAUCUCAAAACGGCCAUGGGAUUUCUCUUAGAGAUGAAGGACCAAAUCGCUAGUGUAAAAAGAAAUAAGGAACUCGUGGAAGAAAAUAAUUGCAUGCGUCUUAGGAACAAUGAAUUGCAAGAAGAAGUUGAUAGUUUGAAGUCACAAAUAACUCUUUUGAAACAAGCUUUGGCUUCAUCUAAGAAUUCUACUAACGUUCGUGUUGAUUCUCAAGUCAAUUCUUCUCCUCACAAUUAUGAAGAAUUAGAACGUAGGCGUUCGAUUGUGAUUGUCGGUGUUAAGGAAUGUAAUUCACCUGUGUCGUCCGAUCGCUUGUUUUCCCGGCAUCUUUCUUUGCAUCGCUCACAAUUAAGAAGAGCUCCCCCGUUGAGGUAUUUUAAAGAGAAAGGGAUUUAUGUUAGACCCUCACUGUCUAAAUUAGAAAGAGAUCAUUUGAGGGCCGAAAGGCUCGCUCGCAUAAAUUCUGUCUCUCCUGCUCGUGCUCAUGAUGUUCAGUUACAAUCUUCUUCUGUUAAUGGAACUGCUGUUGCUUCCAGUCAAACUCCUUUCACAAUUUCUGAUUCCUCUGAAGUUAUUGUUUCAUCGAACGCUGAUCUGUACAGAGUGAGAUUAGAUCGUGGAUUCAAAAGGGGAGGGGGCGUGGCCCUAUUGGUUCGCACCUCUCUUAUGCCUCACGUAGUAUUCAGUGAGUCAUUACUGCCCAGGCGAUUUUACGAGAUUCUUUGCUGCCAGUUACGUAGUGGCCCAAUACGUGUUAUAAUAGUCUACAGAACCCCUAAUUGCACGGCCGCCUUAUCUGAACAGUUACUCAAAGCUUAG